CCACGUGCAGCAGCAGCAGCUGCUACACUGGGGUCUCCCAGCGCGCGUUUGGAAGGACCCGGCGCCCCCAGCCCACCCACCGCGCGAGCGAGUGCGGCUUUGGCCCUGCAGCCGGCGGCGCGGUGCCGAGAGCGCGCGCGCACCCGUGCGGGGAAAGAGGGAGAGAGAGAGAGAGAGAGAGUGUGUGUGUGUGUGUGUGUGUGUGUGUGUGUGUGUCUGUAUGUGCGUGUGUGUGUGUGUGUGACAGUGUGUGUCAGGUGACUUGGGUCACGCAGUCUCUCUCUCCCUCCUCGGGGAGGAACUGCCGCGCUUCGGCUCAUUCUCUGCCGGCGGGCGGGCCGGGAAGGGGGCUUCCCGGCGCUCCGGGCACCGCGCGGGGACCCGGACCUGGACACCGCCCGCCGCCGGGAACGUGAGACCCCAGCCGAGCUCCAGAGGCGGAGGGAAAAUAAUAAUAACCUCACCCCUAGUCCCGAGAUCGGGUGCCCGCGGCAGGCUCGGUGGCUCGGCCCCUCCCCGGGACCCCGGCCCGGUGGGCGCGAUGAGCCAGGUGGUGGGCAAGCCGCAGCCGGACGACGAGGACGACGACGACGAGGAUGAGCUGGUGGGACUCUCGGACUACGGGGACGGGCCCGACUCCUCGGACGCCGAGCCGGACAGCGGGGCAGAGGAGGGAGUCCUGGACUUCAGUGACCCCUUCAGCACGGAGGUGAAGCCGAGAAUCCUGCUCAUGGGCUUGCGGAGGAGCGGCAAGUCGUCCAUCCAGAAAGUCGUCUUCCACAAGAUGUCGCCCAACGAGACCCUGUUCUUGGAGAGCACCAACAAGAUCUGCCGGGAAGACGUGUCCAACAGUUCUUUCGUGAACUUUCAGAUCUGGGACUUCCCUGGACAGAUUGACUUUUUUGACCCUACCUUUGACUAUGAGAUGAUCUUCCGGGGCACAGGAGCACUGAUAUUUGUCAUUGAUUCCCAGGACGAUUACAUGGAAGCCCUGGCCAGGCUGCACCUCACUGUGACCAGGGCCUACAAAGUGAACACUGACAUCAACUUUGAGGUAUUUAUUCACAAAGUGGACGGUCUGUCAGACGACCACAAAAUCGAAACCCAAAGAGACAUUCACCAGAGAGCAAACGAUGACCUUGCAGAUGCUGGACUAGAGAAAAUUCACCUGAGCUUCUAUCUGACGAGCAUAUACGAUCACUCAAUAUUUGAAGCUUUUAGCAAAGUGGUUCAGAAACUGAUUCCUCAACUCCCCACCCUGGAGAAUUUGCUAAACAUCUUUAUCUCCAAUUCUGGAAUUGAAAAGGCAUUUCUAUUUGAUGUGGUCAGUAAAAUUUAUAUUGCAACUGAUAGUACCCCCGUGGAUAUGCAAACCUACGAGCUCUGCUGUGAUAUGAUCGAUGUGGUUAUUGACAUCUCUUGUAUUUAUGGUCUCAAAGAAGAUGGAGCUGGCACCCCCUAUGACAAAGAAUCGACCGCCAUUAUCAAGCUGAAUAAUACGACGGUUCUUUAUUUGAAGGAGGUGACCAAGUUCCUGGCCCUGGUUUGCUUUGUCCGAGAGGAGAGCUUUGAAAGGAAAGGGCUAAUAGACUACAAUUUCCAUUGCUUUCGGAAGGCCAUCCAUGAAGUUUUUGAGGUGAGAAUGAAGGUGGUGAAAUCUCGGAAGGUUCAGAAUCGGCUCCAGAAGAAAAAAGGAGCCACCCCCAAUGGGACCCCACGGGUGCUGCUGUAGGUGAGAUCUAGGAGCACCAGUGGGAAUCAGACCUGCCACGGCUGCAGUGCUGGGGACGAAGCCAGAAGAGCACCAACCCCGGAGCCUGGGACAUGUGACCCGGAUAUAUUGUUUAAAAAAAAAAAUCCCUAGAGCCCUCUUGAUCUUCCCCUUUUUUCAAUAAAGUCAGCACUUUGAAGCAAAAUCUUGUAUACUCACAGUCACGUGAAAUCCCCUGUAAUUUCAUGACACAAAUGUAAACUUCUAUGGUCUCUGGUCAGAAAGAUCCUGUGUGCAAACGCCAGGAACUGUAUAUAUUUUGCCCCUUUUCUUGGUGGUGUUGUUGUUUUAUUCCUCAUUGAACCGAACUUUGAUAAAAGAACUUUUCUAAGGUCUUUUCUGUACUCAGUGUCAAGGCCAGGCAUAGAAUAGUCCAUAUAGUUGUGGCCAGUAGAAGCUAAUCAAAGAAUGAUGCGUUGGCAGUGACUUUUUAUAAAUUUGGAGUUCUUUGUUAUCACUUGUUGAGAAAACACAUUUUUCAAUGGAACUAGAGAAAGAUUGGAGGUUAAACUCCAGGAGCAAUAAGAGCUUUCUCGUUUAUAAUUGGUAUAAAGGGAGUUUUGUAGAGCAAUGUUAGUACUGAACUUACCUAAAAGUUUCUAUAGCCACCACUGUGCUUCCCUGCUUGACAGUUUUACAAAGCUUUUUACCUCAAAUGCACACCUAUGAUCAUUUUAUACAGACUCAUCACUUCUUGAUGCACUGCUGUUCUUUCAAACCUUUGGGACCAGAUUUCCAAAAUGGUGCCGAUCAUUGGAGAGAAACCAGAAUAUUGCUGAGGGCUGGGGAGAUAGCCCAGUGGUAGAGCACCUGCCUUCAUGUGUGAUGAAGCCCUGGGUCGGAUCACCAGCACCACUAAAAAAAUGAGAAGUUGCUGAAUUGAAGGGUUUCAGGAAGCUCUUUCUUUCCUGCCCACCCAGGGCCCACAUUUAGAGGCCAUGUGAUACUCUAAGUGUAACGGAUUGGCAACUGCAGAUACACACACACACACGCACACACACACACACACACACACACAAUACACACGUACACAUACAUCGAUAUGCAUACAUGUAAUAUCUGAUCUUGUAUGUUUGUGUCCUGUGAAAUGGGCCUGUUUGUUGUAUAACAUUUGAAGUGUGUUUCUUGGCUCAGCUGUUUUUGCUCCACAGAAUUGUCUCGGGGCUCUAUCACAGAGCUCAGUUCUGAUGGGCACAUAGUUUCUUUAGCUGUGAGAGCGUGUCCUGGAACCUGUGUCUGGACCGCCCUUAGGAGCUGGGCCUGAGCAAUUCGCCCAAAGCAGGCCCCGCCCAGCCUAGCAGUCACCUGAGCUUUCUCCUCAUGGUCAGGCAGAGCUUGGAGCUGGUGUGAGCACGUGAUGGUAUCUGAAAAUCCUGCUCUCGAGUUUAGGUGAUCAGGAAGUUAAAAGACAGCUAAACCCAUCCCCCCCAAGCCCUUCCAUAUAGAUGGUUAAUAUGUCCAUCCUGAGGGCAUGCCUGCAGGUACUAGGGGGAAAAAUUGUGUCUUAGUGAAGCCUGGAUGGGACAUCGGAGCAAAUGUAUCAAGUUCCUAAAGCAACUUGUCCCUGAAACUGCCCCACUUUUAACUGGGGCUUCCGUCCAGCUUCUCCCCUCUUCUCCUAAGUCCUGCUCCGGUAAGAUGGGAAGGACAGUUUAGAACAGUAGUUGAUUGAGUUUCCCAGGGCUAUGUUUUUUUUUUUUUUGGGGGGGGGGGAGAAUCUAAAACUUAAUUGUAAUACCCUAUCUACCUUCCUCAUGAUUCUUACUCAGAAUCCUGAGGAGGAAGAAAUAGGAGUACCAGAAAGUCUUUGUCCUAACUUUUAAACAUUAAUACAUUGGACCUUUGCCAAUAAGCCUGGUAUAUGUGGGUUAUUCCUACAAAUAUAAUUCUGAUUUUUCUUUUACACUUAGAAUAAACAGAGAAUUGCUUUUCUAAUGCGAUUGUAUCCUCAAAGUAGAGAGACUUGCCUAUCUUGGUAUAUCAUAUUACUCAGUAUCUAUAUAAUUGUAAACAAGCAGUACUUCCAUUUUUGAGCUGAGUAUAUGAUGGGGGUUUGUUUUUUUCUAUGUGCCUUAAAUGAAAUGCCUAUUACUUCAGGAGCAAAUGAUGCUUUGGGGGAAAGGCAGAAUUAAUCAAUCUUAUGAUGAUGUAGGACCUGAGUUAAUAGAUGUGGGUACACGCAACCUUAUUACUAAUGUGUAGAUUGGGGCCCCUCAGACCUAAAAACAUGGCCCUGUCUUCUUAGUAAAAGAGAGAGGUAGGGCUUAUGUGUAAGUAUUCGUUAUUGAAAAUGAAUACUUAUACAUAAGUUACUGAAUACUUACAAGUAUUCUUAUUUUGCUAUGGGAAUCAGAAAGUCUUGAGUCCCUUGGAAUUUUCUCUUGAGUAGAGAACUAAGCUGAUGACAAAGCGUGUUCCACAUUUGGGUCUCAGAUCUAAGGCCCUGAGGUGUGGCUGGGGAAGACUUGUUCAGUUUUAAAGGGUAAUAAUGACCUACAGGUUUCUGGGACAAUUCGAACUUCUAUGUGGAGAUGAGGGUCUUCAGAAUGCCAUCUUAGGUUCUUUGUAGUGAUGUGUUUUAGUGUUAGUGUAGAGCCAAAGUAAGUGUUUUUGUUUGGUUUGGCCCAGGGGUGGGGAGUGGGGGGGCUCCCAAGCAGUGCUCAGGGGGGCCUGGGAGCCACUCAGCAAUACUAGGCCCAGCUGUGUGGGCUGAUGAUCCUGUGCAGGACUCAGCCAGGGGCUGCUGGGGGAGAAGCAUGUGGUACUGGGGCUUAAACCCAGACCCCUGCAUCCAGAACACACACUCAGCCUGUGAGCCCUGUCCCGGCCCAGUACGCUGUUUAGGAAGGAAUAGAAAUUGCAAAAAGGCAACAGUGUUACCUUGUGAACACACUAUAUCUUAGACCCUUCAGUAUAAAAAAAGACUAAAGACAGCAAUAUUGUCAUAUACGGGUUAUAUGGUAACUUUAGAGUGUAUUCUAGAAAAAUGGCUGAACUGCCUUGGUUAUUCAAAUGUGGCUUGCAUUCAACUUCUAUUGGCUGGUUGUAAUUUUGUCAAGUAUUAGAAUUAUGUUUUACUUAAAGUAGUGCAUCAUUUAUAGCGAUCAUUGAACCGUUGCUUUCAAGAAUGUCAACUGCCAAUUUAAAGAGAUCUCAUAUGCUUCACGACUUGGUGGAGUUCUCAUUUAUUUCAAGCAUAUCCAUAUAAAAUUUCUCUGGGAGAAAAGUGAUCUCUGGUGAAAAGGAAAUUUAUGAUCUUUCAUAAAUGUGAGGUUGUCUAUCAUACAUGCAUAUCACUGCCUCUUAGGUCACUAUGGUUCCUUUCUUAAAAUGAAUUUGUCCUGGGACCAGAGAGAUGGUAGGGGAGGUGCUUGCCUUGCACACUAUGGACCCGGGUUUGAUUCCCUGGUGCCACAUAUGGUCCCCAGAGCCCUACUAGGAGUGAUCCCUGAGUGCAGAGCCCUGAAUACCACCAGGUGUGGCCCAAACCCUGUGUGUUCUGAUGGACCAUCUUUCAUAUAAUGGAAAUAAAUUGCUAUGUUAUAGUAGGAUUUAUCCUUUUAUUAGUGAUGAAUUACUAUUACUAUUACAGUGCUGGAGAUUGAAUUCAGGGCCUCAUACAUGCAAGGCAAGUUCCCUCCCCCUAAUCUACAUCCCUGUCCCUCGUUUUAUUAUUUUUAAACACUCUGCUUCAUAUUUUUGAUGGGGACAUGCCUGUUUGAAUUAUAAAACUAUUAUUUAAAUAAACUUUAGCAGGAUAUUAAUUCUUGCUGCUUUGAUCCUA